CGUCAUCUGUCAACAAUGAACAAACGUCACUUUUCGAUCAAGUAAUCAAAAAAAAAAGUCCUAACGUUUUAUUUAUUAUUGUUUCGUAUCAAUUAAUUGGUGUAAAUUACACGAAUAAUUACAUCGGUGUUUACAAGAUGAGUUCCUACGUUACAAUGGAACUUCUAUUGACGCUGCUAAAUAGUCAAAUAACAGUUUAAUUUGUCCAAAACCGUGAUGUUUUUAGAUUUAUAACAACAACAACAUUGGAAAUGCUCCCCAUAGUGAUGUACAACAUGGAAGGGAGUUCGAAUAGUGUACCAAAUUCGAAUUUUAGUUUGUACGACGAGAGUGUUAUAUUGAAUAGCGUUCGUAAUAGGAAAAAGGUGUCGGAAUUACCGAACUGUCCGGUAUGUAGCUGUACAGUGAGACAAGGGGAGUUAGAAAGUCAUUUAGCUUUAGAAGUUGAUAGAUUAAAUAAACUUUCUUGUGGUGGAUCUAAAAGGAAGCUAAGUGUGAACAGUCCGAGUGGUUCGAACCCUAUACCGGGGUCUAGUUCUAGUAUAGAAGUGGAGGAACAGGAUGAAGUUGAUGUAUCUGGUUGUUUGGGUAGUGAUGUUUACCAGAGGGUACACACUAAUCGCCUCAAGCGACUGCGCGCGCGUCGUCGCAGCUCCCCACCGCCACAGGCUCAGCAUGGAGAGUGCCCGGUCUGCAACACCUCACUACCAGUGUCCAGACUUCAAAGACAUGCUCUCCGAUGUCUGAAGAGGACCGGUGCAGAAAUGGACGAAGAUGUACCUGAUACCAGUUCUGAGGAGGGCAGCAUUGAUGUUGAGAACGACGAGCCGCGAGGUUUCGGCGCGGAGUACCAGUGGUGCGGACAAUGGCGCGUGCGAGCGACCGCUCUGCAGGACGGGGAGUCCCGGCCCGGUACUUGUGUGAGACGCGCCUCUACGGAUCACGCUCUUGUGGUGGACGGUGAUGAGGAUACAGAGUUAUAUGGACCACCACAAUACUCCCCCUCUAGGAUAGCACCCGAUGCAGAAAUACCAAUAGACAUACAGAAUGAUGAGACUGAAAGAAGUGGGGACACUCACCAUGAGGUGAACUGUGAUGUUAAACCCAACGGACUAGUAGAGGCUAGUGCGGAGACCAGAAUACAAGCACUAAAGUCAAAAAUUAAGGAUUUGGAAAAAAAGCAGAAUUCGUCUUUAGAGGUCAAAUGUCUGAUUUGCCUCGGUCCUUACACCUCCCCCGCUGUCUCCAUACAGUGCUGGCAUGUCUAUUGUGAGGUCUGCUGGCUCCAGUCUCUCCGAGCGAAGAAAAUCUGUCCACAAUGCAAUGUGAUCACUAAUACGCAACAUUUACGAAGGAUAUACAUGUAAAUUGUAUACUAUAACUGUAACCUACCAAAAUCAGCGUUGUUAUUAUACUACCUUAACAGGGCUCUCUCCGUCACUCGCUUCAUACAAUCGUAGU